AGGAUAGGCUAAGUCGAUUGCCCUUCUGAUCUUAAAUUUCAAGGGAAUGAUUACUAUUACUAAUACAGUAUUAAUAUUAUUUUGUGCCUAAGCAUUAUUGCCCUUGUUUAACAAGACACUUCAGGGCAUUGGAUGAAACAAAGCUCCGCUAUUGUCACCGGGGAAACAAGACGAGCUUGUAAAAAUGGCUGACAAAUAAAAAUGGCCAAGUUUAUCGUUCUUUUUUUUCACUUAGGGAAUUAGGCUUGUUUCUCAGAUUAUCAUAAGUAAUAAGGCAUAAUUACAAUUAUUCGUAGGCUUAUGUCAAAUGUACAUUAUAUUACUAAUUACUACUAUCACUAAUUAGGCUACUAUAAAUAAAAAUGCAAUAACUUUGUUAGUCUUAGUCUAAGUCUAAGAGUCAAAGUCUCACAGAUUCUAGACUCGCUUCUAGUUCUAGUUAGACUGACUUAAAAAAUGUUAUCGGCUACCAUGUUAUCAAUGAAAAAAAAAUUAAAUGAUGAGUUUAUUUUUUAAUCAGUAGAAUAAAUUAUAGUUACAAUAAUGAUGUAUAAGUUUCACAUAAUAAUAAUAAUAUUAUUAUAAUAAUUGAUUAUAUUAUAUCAUCAUAUUUAAUAAAAGUUUUGACUUUUUAAACUUAAACUUUGUACUUCGUUAUUUAAGAUUUAAGUUAAGUUAAUAAAUUAAGUUUAAGUCACACUUGUCAACUGUCAAUUUAAGUGAUACUGUGCAGCACAGUCAGUGACAGUGUGUUACUUGUGUGAAUUGAAAUUCAACCGAAUUAGAUCAAGUAUUACAAUGAUGCAUUUUACUUCGACUUCAUUAUGGUCAUCAUGGUUAAAUUUAAAUAAAUAAUUAGAUUAUACAAAACAUUGAACUUGAAAGAAAUAACACUAAUAACAGUAACAAGCUUAUGUGACUAAAUAAAAUUAGUGUGCACAUUGUUUAGUAAUUGAUUUGAGUUUGCGACAUGAAUAUAAUUAAUCCUGCAUUGGUAAAUGGGAGUGUUUAAAAUUCACCCACCAUGAUUGAAAGAUGAGUAGGAACCAAGUUUAAAAUAUAUUUUAUUGACAGGGAUGAAAAAGACAUAAUAUAUAUUUUUUAAAAAUUGGCUACAUCAGUUAAAGUGGUCAAAUGCCAUGGACUUUUAAUAAUUUAGGCAAAAUUUGAUUAGGUACCAGGCCAAAAGAAAGAAAAAGAUGUUAAAUACUUACUUUUCUGAAAUUGUUUAUAGCUUAAUAUCCCAUAUUAAGUUAUUAAUUAAUUUGAAUGUUUUUAUAUGCAUCAUGAAAUGAAACAUGUGACCUCCAUCCCUUUGAAAAUAGCACUUAUGUGCUCAAACCUAAAAUCUGUAACAACUGUUUUAAACUAUUUUGAAUGAUGUCUUUUAAUUCUAAAAGUAGCCCUAUUAUAUUAAGAGAAAGUCCCAUACAUUUUUCAGGCAUAAAAUUUCUCCUGGCCCAUAUCUAUGAUAAUAUAUUUUUAUAAAGAAAAAAAUUAAAUAGCAUCUUAACUGUCUUAUCGUUUCAUUUACCCAUUACAAAUGAAUUUUUAUAAAAAGUUAAAUACAAAAUACAUAAUAUAUAGCUUAAAUAUAAAUUUGAUAUCAAACAAUACAAAAGUAUUUCUCUAUGCUCAGUUUACUGUUAAACUCAAGUUUACUUUUCAAAUUCAUAAUAAUAAUACUCUUAUAAAUUGUACAAAUCUCUUACAUAAGCUUCAUAAAAAAAAUCAAUAUGCUUCAUGACUUCAUGAAUAAGGAAGUUAUGCUAUCAGUUCAAUCAUUUGUAUGUGUAUAGAAAACCACUUGUAUAAGCUAGAUUAGCUAUGUUUAAGUAAAAGGGCUUUGAACUUGAUUGGAGAAAUGUCAGAGAUUUAUUUCAGAAAGCAUUUUGUAAAUAAUGUAUUAUGAUUGUUAUUAUGAUCUGCAAGUCAUACUUUAGUAUUGGCCUAUAAAAUGUUAAAAUUAUUGUUUUUUUUGUUUUGUUUUUUUUUUAAAAAUCAGUCACUAAUUUCAAUGUAUGGAUAAUAUAAGGAAAUAAUUUACUAACAGUAUUUUUAAAAGAGUUAACCUUUUUUUUAAAGUAACGUAUAAGGAAAAUUUAUAGGCUAACUUUAGUUCAGCAAUUUUAAAUUUGGCCUUUUUGACAUUAUUGGUAUAAAUUCUGAGUUUUUUAGGUCUAUUAUUCUGGAUAAAUUUCUUGUUCUGCUGAAGCACAUGUUAUAUGUUGUUAUUGCUUUCUGUUUAUCAGAUUAUCUGAUGGUGUUCAAAUCUAGUUAGAGAUUCCAAAAUGUGGAUGCAAUUUUAAAAAAAUCUUGAUCCUGUAGUUUUUUAAUUCUUUGGAAUCAAACAUAAUGUCUGCUUCAGUCAAGCUGCACAGACCACCAUCAGAGACUGCACUAAAAUUACCGAGGUAAUUUUAUAUUUAAGUUUUGAAGACAGAAAGAGGGUAAAACAGUUUUAAUAAAUGUGAAGAUGCAUUAAUUUUGAAUAAUACAAAGUGAUUUAAAAAAUGAAAUAAAAACAUUUUAAUUAUAGACCUACUAAAAAAAUAAUUAUAAAAAGUUUAUUUUUAUUACAAAUAUCAUUGCUGUAACUCUAACCGCACAAGUCAGUUUUUGUUGACAAUACAUUUGUUUAAAUAUAUAAAUAAUAUCUAGGGCACCCUCAUGUCCUGUAAAAAUAUUUUAAAAGUUGCAUUAGUGGCAUGUACAUUUUCUGACACAUGAUCUAGCCAAAUGUUUAAAAAGUUUGCUUUAAAGUUAUUAGUUUUUUUGUGUCUCCUAUAAAUAUGAAACAUCUGACCAACAUGUUUAGAAAAUGACAAUGACAAUGUAUUGUUUUAAGAGAAAUAUAACAGAUAAAUAAUUGAUUUAAACUGAUCUUUAAAAAGCAUAUUUUCUCAAAACUGAAGAGUUUUAAAAGAAUGGAGAUCCUUUACUAGAUUUUUACAAUUUUAAUUAAGCAAUCAGCAAAGUUUCAUAGUUUGUAUAAAUUUAAUUAUUCUCCUUAAAAAUAUUAAAUUUGUAAUCUUAUACAACAGCCUACAUUUUUUUUUUUUUACAUUUAUACUUGUCUAUUUUUAAGCCUAUCUAUUUAUAAUGCUGCAAUUGUUUAAGUAUUUUUAUUUUUUAAAAUUGAAUCAUAGAUUCCGCUUUGAUGGUGAACUAUGGCCAACGCCUAGUCCAAUCUCUGCUGUAUAUGAUGUCUGUAAUAGUAGCACUCGUUUAAUUAUUCUCAACAACAAGCUGUCAACUGUGAGUCAUAUUAACUAUUUUGAUAUAUAACUACUUGUUAAAUUAUUUUGGAAAUAUAAAUAUUAGUUUUAAGGUUUUGUGGAAAAUGUAAAAGGUUAAUUAUUAAUAGAUGGAAAUUAAAUUUACUUUUUAAGCUAAAACAUGCUUUACAUAUUUAUGUAUAACUAAUUUUGUGAUUUAAUAUUUGUAGAAAAGAGAGGGAUCAAGGCUUAGGGGCCAAACUGUUGUCAAGGGAGUGUUUGAGUAAGUUGACUUGCUAAAUAAAACUGGGUCCCUUGCAAUUGAGGGAUAUUCACUAACAAAGAUUGAUAAAACAUUGGGAGAUUUGACUGAAUAUUACCACACUCCUAAUUAUCAUACCAUUUAAUUGUGAAAAAAAAAAAAAAAAGAUUGUAAUGAAAGGACUGUGGUUAUUGUCAACAACAUUAAUUUAGGCAAUAAAAUAGAUUCUUUGUUAUGUAUCUAAAAAAAUUAAGUUUUUUAGGAUCUAUUUCCGUUAAAAGUUGGUUGGUGUAUAUCACCAAAACUGUGUUUUCUCCUUUUUUUUUUGAUAACUUGUUGUGAUUGAAUCCUGAAAUAAAGGUUUUAUAGAGAUGACAUAUCAAAAUAUUCUGUUACCCAUUCUUAUUUGUAGUUCACAAUUACAUAUUUUACUAGCGUUAUAGCAUUCCUGAAUGACAGGCUUUCUUAAUCAUAAAAGGAGUCCCAAAGCUAGUAGCGAAAUGAUAUUAAAAGCAGGUUUUAGAAAUGAAAUAAACAUACAGUAAUAGAUACAAGGGUCAUAACUGAACAUGGCUUGAGAAUGACAAGGCACACUUUUAAAAUUAAAGUGUAUUAAAAAUUCUGACAAAUAUGUAAACAAAAAGAAACAGUCUUGUGGCAUAUGAAUAUUGCCUUUCUCCAGACAUGUUUCAUUAUCAAUCACCAUUUGGGUACCAAGUUUUCAAUAAAAAUAAAGUGUUUAUGGCUAAAGGGAUUUCGGGGGCUAACCACAGGGGAUUUCAUUUAGACCCUACAUAUGCUGGGACUGGGCUGGUUGUCAUAGUUCAUUUACUUAACAUUUUAAAAAGCCCUUUAAACGGCACAGUUUUUUCAAUAGAAGUAUGACCAAGUAAAAAAUACAAAAUUACUAUUUAAAUUUAUUAAUUAAUUAAUUAAUUUUUCUUUUACUUUUUUAAGUCGGCCACAACCAGAUAGACACUUUUUAGGUAAGAUGAUUUUUUUAAUGGCAAGAAAGACAUGGAUAAUUUAAAAUAAGGAUAGCUUGUAGUUUUUAUUUGUUUCACAGAAAUACAGUUUCUAAAAAUAAAAUUUUGAUUGCAUUGUCUAUUGCCAUCAAAAUCAAAAUACAUUCUUUCAAAUUUCUAUUUCAUAUGUUUCCAUUAUAUGCUUACUACAGUAAACAGAAAUUUAAAAAAAAAUGUUCUUUUGAGUCAAUAAGUAAAUGCUGUAUUUAAUCCCAAAAAAAAAACACUCAAAGGUUUUAUCUAACUAUUAAUUUUUUUACCUCCUUUAAAAAUGUUUGUUAUCGCCAGCAGAAGAUUUAGUCUCUUUUUUCCAGACUCGCCCCAAUCUGCCAGAGAACGCCAUAAACACUGCAUCAUUUCAGAGUCAGAUUUAUUUGUUCCAAUUUUCCCUCCCAGUAUUCCAUAUCCUCCUGUUUGGGUUAAAAAAUCCAAGAUUAGAGGUAAACUUUAAACUUUAACAAUCUUAGUACAUAUAUAUGUGUGUGUAUAUUGGUAUGUAUAUUUCUUUCGGUUGCAUCUCCUUGAGUUAACUGACUAACCACUGGGGGGGGGGGGGGGGGUUGCGCAAGUCACCAGCAGUCCAAAUAUCCUCACUCUGGCCAGUCUUUUCUUUUAGUUGAAAAUUUAUUGGAUUUAAAUGAUGGCUGCUGUAGCAACCUUGCUGAAUGGACACAUUUGAAAAAAUUAGAUUUUUUGUUCAGUUAUAAACGGAUUUAAUGUCUGGUUAUUAAUAGUUCUGAGUAGGCUGCUGGGACAUUGGGAAAAAAACUCACCCCCACCAGGUGCAGUGAUUAGGGCUGCCUGGUGCCUCUUUUAAAUUAUAAAAAAAUAUUACAGAUCAACAAAAAAAAACUUACAGAUUUCUGUCCCAAGCCACUUGGACACUCCAGUCCACCACUGGUUGUGACAAUUUAAAAACUUAAAUUUAGAUUUGUCACUGAUAAAGGGUUAUAAUAAAUUAACCAAACUGAAUAAAUGAAUAAGAAUGUUUUUUUAUCAGCUUGGGCAGCAGUACUGCCGUAAGAAGGAAAACAAAACCUUGAAAUAUAUGUAAAAACAAAAAAAAUUGAUAGUUUAUUAAACAAAUAUUGGGGUUUUCAGAUGUUUCAAGCACACAUUCCAAACACCAUACAGCUCGUUCUUUUGAUAAAGACAUUAAAAGACUUUUUGAUGAGAUCAGUCGUCCACAGAAAAUUUUUACGAGAAGAGAGACAAGGCUUUCUCCCACAAUGAAAUCUCUAGUUGAUGACUCUCAUCUUCCACGCGGAGAAAGGCAAUAUUUAGCAAACAUUGCAAAAGUUUACUCACUUGAUGAAAUGAGACAACAGAAAAUGCAUCAAUUGAAUCAGUUGAUUUAUCAAGAGCUCUGUAAAGGUAACUUUUUCACUUGUGAUCUAUUUUUCAAAUUGAAUUUUUUAAAACAAUUUUCCCUACAGCCUGUUAAAUUGUGUUUGUGUGAGUUGCACACUAAGUUCAUAAACGUGAGAUAUAUUGCACCAAAUUGUAUUUUAUUGAUCCACAGAAGUAACCUCAGUGUAAUGAAUCAUCUCAUUUUCUUGUUAUUCAUAAGAGAGAUUCAUUUUUAAAAUUUCAAUUUUAUUACUGCUGCAGAUUGUUAAUUAGUUUAAUACAUAAAUAAUAUUGUUUUAAUACUACAGGCUAUUUAUAAUUUUGGAAAUAAAAGGGAUGUGGUAAGUGAAAACUUAAUAAACUUCACAACUAAACAACAAAAAGGUAAAAAAUUAUGAACAUGAAAAAGAAAGAAUCUUGGCUCUGAGUCAAAGAAAAGAAGCUGAGUAAAAGUGUGCUUCGUAUUUCCUUUUUUGAAAUUGAUGUAAACCCCCCCCUUUCUCCUGAUUCUUUGCUAAUUCCAUCAUUUCCAGGUAACACUUUAAACAUUAAAUAAUAUAUAUUUGUGUAGUUUUUUAAAAACAAUAUUAAGAUUUUAUACAUUUUUUUAUUCCAAAAUAGGUUUGAGAAUUUUGUAAAUGAACAAAAUAUUUUUUUAUUCGUUAGGAAGUUACAGCUCAAAAGAAAUUACAAAGUAUCACAGUUAUUUUAGUUCACAACCAAGGAAUCAGAAUAUAAGGAUAGAAGUUAAAUCCACUUCCUCAUCACCUCAUAAUUCUAAAACAAGGAGCACAUUUGGAGGAAAGGAAAGAAGACCGCAAACUGUACAACCAAAUGAAAGGUAUUAAAUAUUUGUAGUUUUAUCAUAAAAUGAGAAGUGCAAAGAAAACAAUUUAUAACACUGAACAUUGUAGAAAUCUAUUUUGUUAUUUUAAAAAGCAUAAAUUGUUAUUGUUCAUGGAGACUCCCUUUUCACUAUAUCUGCUAUUACAAUAUGGUUUACUUCAUAUUCACCAGCUUAGCCAUUAAAUUAUUCUGACAAAAUAGUAUAUUAAAGAAAGUGAAAUUUUAACUAUGCAAAAGAUUGACUUGAUACAUUUGUAUGUUCCUGCAGGUCACAAAAACAAGCCAGGACCAGUUCAUGCUUCUCUACUUCUAGAACUAAAAGCUCUCAUGGAGAGAAUCAGCCAAUUACAAGGUGUAGGAAGUCUACAGAUCAAGCCAAUGUAGUGCAGUCAGAUGAAAGUGAAAGUAAAAUAUUAGCUAGAGAGUACAAGUUGAAUGCAACUGAAGAUGAACAUUAUGAUUUUAGACAUCAAAGUCCUCAAUCUAAGAGUAGCCCAAGACAAAAUAAAUCCAAAGAUACUCUAAGGGAAGAGAAAUUUAAUAAGAAUGAUGAUGAAUACAACAGUGUUAGCCCUCCUGGAAAAGAACAAAACAAAAUAUUAAUUUCUUUAUCUGAAGAUGGCAGCCUUAGUGAAUCUGAAGUCACUGGGGACAGGGAGGUAGAAAAACAAAAGAAAGGCAAAACAUAUAAUGACACUGAAUUACUUGUGGCUGAAAAGGAGCAAGUUCUGAUUGGUGAAACAAUUCUUGGACAUACAGAAAUUAAAGAGGACAAUUUUGACACUCAAGUCGUUGAGGUUGAUAACUAUGACAAUCAUGAUGAUGAAAUUACUAAUGAUCAUGAUAAUGUUGAUGCUGGUGAUAAGAGCAGUGUUGAUAGUUCAAUAGAAGAAAGUGACACAUCAGAAUCUGAUGGUGGAAAAAAUGCCUUUAAUGAAGAAUUAUUAUUGAAUGACAGCGACACAAACACCAAACAAGCCGAUCAGUUGGAAAAUCUCACAGAGACUGGAAGAGAGAAGGAAACACACCUGAAGACAGAAUCAUCAGGGGAAAUUGAACCACAAGAUUGUGUUGCUAAAGGAGAAAUGGCAGAAAUUUUGUCACACUCACCAGAAUUAAUUGAAGGGUAUUUGGACCAGACACUUGACAAGGCAGAUGCCUUUAAUGAAGAAUUAUUAUUGAAUGACAGCGACACAAACACCAAACAGUCCGAUCAGUUGAAAAAUCUCGCAGUGACUGGAAGAGAGAAGGAAACACACCUGAAGACAGAAUCAUCAGGGGAAAUUGAACCACAAGAUUGUGUUGCUAAAGGAGAAAUGGCAGAAAUUUUGUCACACUCACAAGAAUUAAUUAAAGGGGAUUUGGACCAGACACUUGACAAGGCAGAUGACAAUCAAUCAGGUAAAAGAUAAUAGGUGACCCCAUUACUUUUAUAAAAUUUGAAUAGAAAACUAGACUCUUUUGAGUGGAAAUUUUCAGUAAAUAAUUUCAUUGAUUAAAUUGGAUCAACUGUUAAAUUUAUGUCAUUUACAAAACUUACAUAAAAGCAGUCAAGCAUCUAUUAAUUGAGAAUCUUAACACUGUUUUUGGAAAUAGUUAAAUUAAAUUUAGAAAUUUACCAAUUUUCUUUCCCUUACAGUAGUUACAGUCAAUGCAGACACAGAAGCUGAUACUAAAGAUGAAAGAGAACCCUCAGAUCAUGGUCAUAGUGAUAAAUUGAGCAAUGAUAGUUUGAAUGAGGUAGACAUCAGCUCCUCCUGCUAUGAGAGUGAAAAGGAUGAUGGAAAAAAGGAAGACUUGAACAACAAAAAAGAUUCAAGUUCAGAUGAGACAAGCAACAGUCAGACUUUUAAUUAAGAUAAAAAUGUAACGUUAUCACAUUAAUUGUGGGGUACAGUCUAAUCAGUUUAUAAGAGUUUCAUAAUUUAAAAAAAAAUUUAUGAUGUGUUGAAUUUGAUUGUGUUAGUGCUACUCAACGGAUAUUGAACUUAAGUUUCGCUCUAGUCCCUGGAACUUGUAACUUCACUUUAUUUUUUUUGUCAUUAAGCCACAGCUGCUGGUCAAAUCUUGAGUUGAUUGAUGUCAUAAGUUAAAACAUCCAUCCCAUUCGUCUUGUGGUGUUAGAGCCCAUGCAGGGCUUUGGCCUGCCUCACAUCUUCCUUCCACUCUUCAAUACAAUUUUAGAUACUGUAGUUAGAACACCUUAAUAUAAUAUUUAAUUCAAGAGUAAAAUUCUGUCAUCUUGUAAUUCAAAGAUGUGUUUUAGUUUUAGGGAAUAAUUAAUACAUUUUUCAAUGUUUCGGUAUUUUCUUUAAAAACAAGUGCAAAAAAGAUGCACCACAUUUUAUGAACCUGUAAAAAAAAAAAAAUUUGAAAAGGAAAUAACUUGACAAAUGAGCUCAAAUUUAUUCAUAGAAAGUACCCUCAACAGAUAAAAAAUACUUAUAACCUGAUAAAAAAGCAGGUAUUCUGAAUAAAACUUGUCCAAAUCUAUGUUUCUUUUAACUCUAUUAAAAAGGAUUAUACUAAUUAUAAUUUUAAAAAUAAUUGUCGGUACAAAAUGAGCAACACAUUAAUUGGAAUGUUCUGGAGUGAUGUGAAAGCAGGUUCACUUAUAGAAUUCAUAAUUUUUGAAUGUCAAUGAUAUGUUUUUUUAUAUAAUCUUUUUAUGCUAUGCCUCUAAAUGGAGUUUUGAUAAAUUUGAGAGCUGGCACCUUAUACAAUCAGUAUUAUGUGUUGCAUAUUAAAGAAAAGGCAAUUAUUUAAUCUAAGUCAGCAUUAUGCAUAAGUAUUAAAUAGAUUUUUAAAUUGACUUUUAUUAAAAAAGCCUAAAUUAAAUUAGCUUUGUCUUUAAGUGUGCUUUUUGUGUAAAGAUAACUGUGUGCUUCUAUUAUGUUAAGAAUUAUUUUGUAGUUUGUAGUUAACCAUUUCAUUACUGCUGGUUUUGGCAUCGAUUUUUGCUGACUCAGCAAUUAAAAAACUUCAAAGAACAAACUUUCGGUAUUGUUCAUUCUCUAUUGAUUCACUUAUUAACUUCUCUAUAGAUUAACAAAUAAAGAAAUAUAUAGCACUGAAAUAUGAUGUCGACGUGACGUCCUUGGUAUUUCAGAAAAGUUCUUUGCCUCUUUGUUAUGACAACAAUGUGACGUCCUUGGUAAUUGAAACUGGGUGAUUGUGACGUCAUUGGUAACAAAAAGGUUAAGUUUUUUGAGUUUCAAUAUAAAUCAAGGACUUGUUCCAAAAGCAAACUUUUAAUGUGUCAAACCAGCAGAUAAUUAUCAACUACAGCUGAAAAUGGUUUUUCAAUUUUUGAUCAUCAUAGAUGUAUCGCCCUAUGUGACUGAUGCCCCAUGAUAUAGUACUAUGGGAAAUGCUGUCAUAAACCAUAAUUUCUUUGAAAAUCAUUAAUUGCAAAUGAACAUAUUUUAAACAUUAUUUCUCCUUAUUACUUAAUGUUCAAUUUAUAGUAUUCCUAAGUUGUAAUGUAAUAUGUCUCUGGAAUGAGCUUGAUUUUAUUAUUAAAAAUGUCAGUUUCUGAUAACUCUUAAAUAAAUCUCGAGGUUAAAAUUGUCCAUGUAAAGCAACUGAAGGAAACAAAAAUUUCACAUUAGUUUUUAUGUAGGCAAAGACUUACAUACAGUAACAUUUUUUAGCCUUGACCUGUUUAUGUAUUUGAUUUUUUGUAAUCAAAAGUUAUUACUUGUAUAAUCUGAAUAGCGUCAAAAUGUCAGUGCAAAAACAUCUGUUCAGAGAAAAUAUAAAUUGAAAAUUUUGAAUCUUAUGUAUCAACUAUCAUAAUGUGUGGAAAACUAUAUAUGAACAUGUC